AUGCGUUCCCUCGCCCUCCUCGCUGGUGCCCAAUUGGCAACAGCCUUGUACCGGAACGGCUCGGUCAUUGCACCUUGCGACUCGCCUAUCUACUGUCAUGGCGAUUUGCUCCGAGAAAUUGAGCUUGCCCGGCCCUUCUCAGAUUCAAAGACCUUUGUCGAUCUGCCUACUAUCCGCCCACUGGACGAAGUUCUUAGAGCAUUCAGCAACCUAACACGGCCAAUCCAAAACAACACCGAGCUAAACAGCUUCUUGACCACUUACUUUGGUGAAGCUGGCUCAGAGCUGGAGGCUGUGCCCACAGAUCAGCUGGAGACCGACCCUGACUUCUUGAACAACAUCAACAGCUCUGUCAUCGUAGACUUUACUCGCCAGGUCAUCGACAUUUGGCCAGACCUGACAAGACGAUACGUUGGUACCGGCACCUCGAAUUGUACGGGAUGUGUCAAUUCGUUCAUUCCCAUCAACCGCACAUUUGUGGUAGCCGGUGGUCGCUUCCGCGAGCCUUACUACUGGGAUUCCUUCUGGAUCGUCGAGGGCCUGCUGCGAACCAAAGGAUCCUUUACUCAAAUUGCUGAAAACAUCAUUGAGAACUUCAUGGAUCUCGUUGAGGAGAUUGGCUUUGUUCCAAACGGAGCACGACGGUAUUACGAGAACCGAUCACAGCCACCACUGCUUACGCAAAUGGUCCGCGUUUAUGUUGAAUACACGCAGAACUACACCCUGCUCGAGCGUGCGAUUCCCGUACUCGAGUUGGAGUAUGAAUUUUGGGUGAACAACCGCUCAGUUACCCUCGAGCGUGGUGGCAUGAAUUACACUCUGCAUAACUACAACGUCUCGAACACCCAGCCGCGGCCGGAAUCGUACCGUGAAGACUACAUCACUGCAAACAAUCAGACCUAUUUCAACGAGGAAGGAGAGCAGUUCAAUGCAAGCCAGCCGCUCAACGACACACAACGAGCAGCACUGUAUGCUAACCUUGCUUCUGGAGCUGAAAGCGGAUGGGACUACACUUCACGCUGGCUGAAGAACCCCUCAGAUGCUGUCAACGACAACUUCUUUCCCCUGCGAUCGCUCAACGUUAUCAACACCAUCCCCGUUGAGCUGAAUGCUAUCCUGUACUACAAUGAGAUCACCAUCGCUGAAUUCCACCGCCGUGAAGGCAACUAUAGCGCUGCGCGCCAAUGGGCCGAACGAGCUGCAAACCGCAGCGAAGCAAUGACCGCCAUCUUGUGGAACGCUGAGCACUAUAGCUACUUCGACUACAACCUCACCUCCGGUGCGCAGAACAUCUAUACCCUCGCCGAUAAUACCAGUACGUCUCUCUCACUUGCCGGCGCCCCGGCAGGAUAUCAAGUUGGGUUUCAGCUGAGCCAGCUGUAUCCAUUCUGGACCGGGGCCGCACCAGAAAGCAUCAAAGGCAACCCCACUGCGCUCCGCCGCGCUUUUGCCCGUGUUGAGGAGGCGCUUGACAGCACGGCUGGCGCUCUGUCUGCUACCAACCUGUUCACCGGCCAGCAGUGGGAUGAGCCAAAUGUCUGGCCUCCAUUACAGUACAUUGCCAUCCAAGGUCUGCUCAACGCGCCUCUCGAGGUCAGCAAGGAAGACAAUGAGCAGACGUCUGAAGAUUACGUGUGGACGCAGGACCUUGCAUUUCGCCUUGCGCAGCGCUACGUAGACUCCCUUUACUGCACCUGGCGCUCGACUGGUGGCGCCACUGAAGGGGACUCGCGACUGCCUGGCGCCGAGGGCAACGGCACUAUUUUCGAGAAGUACUCGGACGAGGCCAUCAACGCACGUGGUGGGGGUGGUGAGUACACGGUUGUCGAGGGCUUUGGAUGGAGCAACGGUGUCCUGAUCUGGGCCGUUGAUCAGUUCGGCCAGAAGCUGCAGACUCCCGAUUGCGGCAACAUCACAGCAGCUGCACCACCUGAAGCGAAGAGGAGGAGGAGCGCUGUAGAACUGAGCAAGCGGGAUGCAAUGUGGAUCAAGGGAACGAAGGAGAACAAGAUGUUUCGCAAGUAG